AAUUCGGUUUUAUUUUUAGUUUAUACGCUUGCAGCACGUUCUUUCUCUUAGUUUUAUCCACCUCACGUCGCUUUACCGCAAUAGUCACUGAAAAUGCAGGACCCAAAUGAAGACACCGAGUGGAAUGAUGUGCUGCGGGCCAAAGGAAUCAUCGGGCCCAAGCAGAAGGAGGCCGAAAUCACAGAGGACCAGAUCCAAGCCCUGAUGGACGAUGCGAUACAGCGUCGCACAGACCUGCCACAGAGCGAGGGCCAGCGCGACAAGAAGAUCGACGACAUGUCGCUGGACGAGCUGGAUGAGCUGGAAGACUCGGAGGACGAGGCUGUGCUGGAGCAGUACCGACAGAAGCGCAUUGCGGAGAUGCGCGCCACCGCCGAGAAGGCCAGGUUUGGCAGCGUGCGCGAAAUCUCGGGACAGGACUAUGUCAGCGAGGUCACCAAGGCCGGCGAGGGUAUCUGGGUUGUGCUGCACCUGUACGCCAACGGCGUUCCGCUCUGCGCCCUCCUCCACCACCAUAUGCAGCAGCUGGCGGUGCGGUUCCCGCAGACAAAGUUCUUGCGCUCCGUUGCCACCACAUGCAUACCCAACUUCCCCGAGAAGAACCUGCCCACGAUAUUCAUCUACCACGAGGGCGCCAUGCGCAAGCAGUUCAUUGGCCCCCUGGAGCUGCGCGGAGAGAAGCUGACGGUUGAUGAGCUAGAGUUCAUGCUCGGCCAGGUGGGCGCCGUCUCCACCGAGAUAACCGAGGAUCCCAGGCCCCAGAUUAGGGACAAGUUGCUGGCUGAAUUGGAGGACAAGAGCUCGGACUUUUACUGACGCCCCUAAGUACCCCAUCCCCAUCCUCAUCCACUCAAACUAACUUCAGAGAUGAUCUGUGGGGCCGUCGUCUGGAGAUUUCUGUUGUAGCAUUUAUGUUUCGUUGCCGUCUUGUGCUUUUUCUUCGCCAAUAAACCUUUACUUUUCUACACGAA